UUUCGGUCGAUCAUUGCAUUUACUAUCUACGUCUCUGAUCUAUCACGUCCCUGGUCCGCUUGAAUUGAUAGUCCGAUCGUAACACUCCCCUGUAUUUAAGUCGGACCGGUUUCUUCUGCAUAUCAUUUCACUACACAACACGUCUGAUAUUCAUAGUAGCUGGAACCAACAUGGCAUCACCGCCUUAUACCCUCUACUUUGGGACAUUUGUUCACCUGCCCCGGGAAAAAUCCGGGCUUCAUCACGAACUCGCCAUCCACCGUGGCGCCCUCUGGGUGUCCAAUGAUGAUGGCCGCAUUCAGGGAGUUGAUUGGAGUGUUGAAGGUCAUGGAGGCCUGCUGGCUCUUGUAAAGAGCAAGGGGUGGGUUGUCGCCGGGACGAAUACGUCUGAAUAUGGGUUCUCGAAAAAGCCAAGGGUACGCAUUGUCACGGCUGAUGAGGAGAAGAACGAGUUCUUUUUUCCUGGGUUUAUUGACACCCACAUCCACGCCCCCCAAUACCCCAACUCCGGCCUCUUCGGCACUCUCACCCUCCUUGAAUGGCUUCAAACAUACACCUUCCCCAUGGAGAAAUCCUUCCAGGACGUACACCGCGCCCGCACCGUCUACAAGCAAGUCAUAUCGCGCACGCUCGCCAACGGCACCACCUGCGCCUCGUACUUCGCGACCAUCCACGUCCCCGCCACGAACCUGCUCGCCACGCUCUGCAAGCAAGCCGGCCAGCGCGCCCUCAUCGGCCGCGUCUGCAUGGACCGCGUCGACGAGGCCACCGACUACCGGGACCCAUCCACCGAGGCCUCCGUGGCGCUCAACCGCGACGUGAUUCGACACAUCCACGCCAUCGACCCCCACGGCGACCACGUGCAGCCGAUCCUGACGCCGCGGUUUGCGCUCGCCUGCACGGAAGACGCCAUGGACGGGCUGGCCGCGCUGGCAGCCGACUACGACCCCCCGCUGCACAUCCAGACGCAUAUCUCGGAGAACAAGAACGAGGUGGCCGCCGUGGAGGCGAUCUACGGGAUGAGCUAUGCGGAUGUCUACGCGACGCAUGGGCUGCUGACGCCGCGCACGAUCCUCGCGCAUGCGGUGCAUCUGUCCGAUACGGAGAAGGCGACGAUCGCAGCCCGCGGCGCCAAGGUCUCGCAUUGUCCGGCGUCGAACUCGGCGCUGGGGUCCGGGCUUUGUCCUGUGCGGAGCCUCCUGGAUGCGGGCAUUCAGGUCGGUCUGGGGACGGAUGUCAGCGGCGGGUAUGAUGCCAGUGUGUUGGAGAAUGUGCGCCAGGCUUGUCUAGUCUCGAGGCUGUAUCGGCAUACGGAUGCGAGUAUCACGGACGACGAGGCGCAGAGGCUGGUGCUGAGUGUUGGCGAUGCGCUGUAUUUGGCGACGAGGGGUGGUGCGGCAGUUGUGGAUCUGGCGGACCAGGUCGGUGGGUUUGAUGUUGGGAUGAGCUGGGAUGCGCAGUUGAUUUCAUUAGGGGAGAAGGUCUCGGGGGAGACGAAGGGAGGGGAGGAGAAUCGGGUGGAUGUUUUUGGCACAGAGGAUUGGGGCGAGAAGGUCGAGAAGUGGGUGUGGAAUGGAGAUGAUCGGAAUGUCAGUGCUGUGUGGGUGCACGGCAAAUUGGUGCAUCGACGGGAGGGUCUGGAGAGGUAUACGACUUGUGGCUCGUCCUGGGGCUGGAUCUGGGGCGUUGGAGCUGUGAGCAUUGGGGCGUUUGUUGCGCUGCGCAGAUUGAGGGGGUAAUGUAUAGACUAUAGAGGUAUAUACUUAGAUCGGUGGGUUAGAUUGUAUUAUAGAUGUACAAUAGAUCGAG